UUUUGCUCCCACCAAAUUAAGACUGUCCGAGUACACUUGCUGUUCCUUCUAUGCUCCCUUCAAUUACUCAGAGCACACUAUCUACAGUUGCGCGUGGAACAGCUUUCGAGCAACGGUCGCUACAAGUGCUUCAAGAAUGUUUUUCAAUGUCACUCAAACGCGUCGGUGGCAAGUCUGACGGCGGCGUCGACUUGCUUGGAUGGUGGUGGCUUCCCCUCUCUGACUCCAAGUCUUCUCCAAUUACACUUCCUCGUAGACGAAUCCGCGUCCUUGCACAGUGUAAAGCAGAAAAGAAGAAAUUCUCGCCGAACUAUGUCCGGGAGAUGGAAGGCGUAUGGCAUAUGCACACUCGGGCCAGCUCCACUACACCCGUGUCUGAACUGGGAACAGUAGCCCUCCUCCUCUCAGAGUCGAAAUUCACCAUCGCAACCCUCACCCGCGCACUCGGCUCCAGUGUCCCCUUUCUCCUCAUGCACCUCCCUCCCCAUAUAUCCUCUGUGCCUGUGUCCUCAGAUUCAUGCGCUGAAAACACCCUCGGGGAAGUUGGCUCCGCUUUCUGGAACCCAGCUCUUGGUGGUGCACAUGGUAUUCUUCGUGGCGAACUUGAUGUUCGUUGGGAACGUGACCUCGCUGGAGGCGGGCGGCCUGGCUUGUGGUGUCGUGACAAGAGGGUGCAGAACUGGACGCCGGAUGCUUGCAGUAUUGACGCUCAGCUUCAGGAUAUUGAUGAAUAACUUGCAUGGAUGACUCGACGACCACUGUAUGUAUAUAUGUUAUAUAUCCAUGUCCCUUUUGGUCAAACUUUGCAGAGGUACCGACUGGGCUUGUAAUUGUAGAGUGCUUUGCUUGAGAGUACGGCGUACGGGCUCAAAUAGCGUGUGCCCAGGCUCAAGUAAACUCCAUCUCUUGACGCUUGCUAUCGAAUUUGGUGGAACUUACAAAACGAAGUGAAGUGCGAACUGAACCGAAGUCACCUGCGAGCGCUUCAACACUGCCACUCACUAUCUGGUUUCAGCGAGGGGCCUGCAUGCAAAUAUGAGCGUCUAGCGGGUCUCUUCAUUACCUCCACCAUCUCUCACCGCCCUCGAUCAAUGAUCUUGAGCAACAUCAAGUUGUCCAUCCAUCCGUAAAGCACGCCGUGCUUUCUCAAUCAAGAUCAUAUAGUAAACAAGU